AUGAACAACAAUCCAACGUGGCAGGCAGCGCCCGUCAACAAUGCCAAAUACUUCUUUGCCUCACCCACGUACAACCACUGGGUGAAACUAACAGCUGCCGAUGUGCACGCCCUUCGUGAAGUCCCUGGUUUUGAAGGUCAAAAUGUUUAUUUUCAUCUGAACCACCCUGUCCGCUUCGUCUACCUCGUUGCUCCUGUUGUCGCCAUCCAAGACAUUCCCAACACAAGAUACCUCAUCUUGACUCUGGACGAUAGCAGUGGCUCCUGCAUAGACGUCAAGAUCGAACGCAAAGACCCCACCAAAACCGAUCCUGAAAGCACCUCCAACACAACAGUCGCCAACCUAGACAUCACCACUACCUUUGACCGCGAUGCGGAGAUCACAGUUGACGGCCAGGUCGUGGAUAUUGCGACCGUGCUGAAGGUCAAAUGCACGAUUGGCAGUUUCAGAGGUGUCAAACAGCUGGAGCUAAAAAGAUGCAAUACUAUCAAGGAUACGACUGAGGAGGUUGCGGCUUGGGAGUCUAUGGCGCUGUUCAAGAGGGAUGUGCUCGCCAAACCCUGGAUGUUGAGUGCUGCAGAUCAAGCCACUCUGGACGCACAACUUCAGCAAGAAGCCAUACGCGAGCAAGAGGCAGAACGAAAGGAGAGGCGCAGCCAGAGGGCACACCAGAAGCGAGAGGAACAUCGAGCGGAGAGAAGAAGGCUUCGAGAAGAAGAGAUGGAACAGCGACGGCUGGCCGAUGAGAGGAAGUACAACCAAGGUGCCCUGAUCUAA